AAAUUGCUGACUUCGCUGAGCACUGUGAGGUGGAGCCUAAGGUGGGUCCUUGCAGAGCAGCAUUUCAGCGCUGGUAUUACAACAGUGACAAAGGUGGCUGUGAAACAUUUAUCUACGGAGGCUGCAGAGGAAACAAGAACAACUACGUCAGCCAGGAAAGCUGCACGGUAGCAUGUACAGUCGGAGUGCUUCCCUCCUCCAAGAAAGUUGCUGCUGAUGAUGAAGUUUCAACAGAAUACAAAGAUGACUGUAUGGUGACCUCUGACCCCGGACCCUGCCGGGCUGCCUUCCCCAUGUUCUACUACGACACAAACAUUGACACCUGUCAGUCAUUCAUCUAUGGAGGUUGUCGUGGAAACCAGAACCGCUACAGCACCAUGGACGAGUGUUUGAACCGCUGCAGACGAGAGGGUAAAGACUUAACUCAAAACUACACAUAA